AUGGUAGAUGACCUAAAGUGAUUGUUGUAUAAAAAAUCAUCAGGUGUUGAAGAGCUCCAUGCUAUUGUUGUGUCACAUAAAGAUGAAGUGCCUGUUAUUAAAGUGGCCAAUGAUAAUGCUCCAGAGCAUGCUUUGAGACCUGGUUUCUUAACUACUUUUGCUCUUCCAACAGACCAAAGGAGCAAACUUGGACUUCCAAAAAGUGAAAGUAUCAUCUGUUACUGUAACACCUACUGGGUGGUUCAAGUUAAUUGUUUACUUUUGGUGGUGAGUUUCACAGCCAGCAGCAAUGCCAAUACAGGACUAAUUGUCAACCUAGAAAAGGAACUUGCUCCAUUAUUUGAAGAAUUGAGACAGGUUGUGGACGUUAAUCUGGCAGUUGUUUUGAUGUAUACCUUAACUUUCCUUAUAACAGACAUAUAUCAAUCCAGCAAUCUUUACAGACCAUACUACUUGUAUCCCUGUACUCAAGAAAGGGCCCUCUUUCCCACCUUACACUAAAAAAAGAGCCUAUAGAUAAAAUUUAUGGACAUAUUGUUAUCUUCCCAU